CCCGCGAGUGGUGGGAUUUUCUCCUCCGACUAUAAAAGAGGACCCCGCGGAGUUUGUCGAAGAAAUAGCCGAAGCGAAAGAUGACCGCCAUGCAGAAGCUGCUGCAGCUGCCCGUGAACGCGGUCAACAUGGUGAAGACUGUGCAGAGUCAGGUGCAGGGCCACGAGGAGGACAAGAGCCCCGUGUUGACCCCCGACGGCGGGCAGCAGACCUGGUACAGCGCCCUGAGGCCCGACGAGCUGCGCCACCUCCGAUCGGGGAGCGGCGGCGGCGGCGGAGGAGGAGGAGGAGGAGGUGGCGGCGGCGGUGAGAGAGGGAGAGAUCAGGAGGAGCGAGCGCCGCCGGAGGAAGGCGGCGGCGGUAACGGGAGUUCCCAAAGUCAACCUUUGCGACACGACGACCUGAAGGAGAUGCUGGACAGCAACAAAGACUCGCUGAAGCUGGAGGCCAUGAAACGCAUCGUGGCCAUGAUCGCUAGGGGGAAAAAUGCGUCAGAUCUCUUCCCUGCAGUGGUGAAAAAUGUGGCUUGUAAAAAUAUUGAGGUGAAGAAACUGGUCUACGUUUACCUCGUACGCUACGCCGAGGAGCAGCAGGACCUCGCGCUGCUCUCCAUCUCCACCUUCCAGCGAGGCUUGAAGGAUCCCAACCAGCUGAUUCGCGCCAGCGCGUUGCGAGUCCUCUCCAGCAUCCGGGUCACCAUCAUCGUUCCCAUCAUGAUGCUGGCCAUCAAAGAGGCCGCCUCCGACAUGUCUCCUUACGUCCGGAAGACGGCGGCCCACGCCAUUCCGAAGCUGUACAGUCUGGAUCCAGAACAGAAGGACCAGCUCAUUGAAGUCAUUGAGAAACUCCUAGCGGACAAAACCACACUUGUGGCAGGCAGCGUGGUGAUGGCCUUCGAGGAGGUCUGCCCCGAGCGGAUCGACCUGAUCCACAAGAACUACAGGAAGCUCUGCAACCUCCUGAUCGACGUGGAGGAGUGGGGCCAGGUGGUGAUCAUCAACAUGCUGACGCGCUACGCCAGGACGCAGUUCCUCAACCCUAACAUCAAUGAGUCCCUGCUGGAGGAGGGCGGAGGGGGCGACAAGACCUUCUACGGCUCCGACGGCAACGACGCCGACGAGGAAGACGAGGAGGACAGGCAGAAGAAGGCCGAGGCCGCCGCCUUGGCCAAGAGGAAGCCGUACGUGAUGGAUCCGGACCACCGGCUGCUGCUGAGGAACACCAAGCCCCUCCUGCAGAGCCGCAACGCAGCUGUGGUGAUGGCCGUGGCUCAGCUCUACUUUCAUCUCGCCCCCAAAGCGGAGGUCGGGGUGAUCGCCAAGGCUCUGGUGCGUCUCCUGCGGAGUCACAGUGAAGUCCAGUACGUAGUUCUGCAAAAUGUGGCCACGAUGACCAUCAAGAGGAGGGGGAUGUUUGAACCGUACCUGAAGAGUUUCUACAUCCGCUCCACCGACCCGACACAAAUCAAAAUCCUCAAGCUGGAGGUUCUCACCAAUCUUGCCAAUGAGACCAACAUCUCCACCAUUCUCAGAGAGUUUCAGACGUACAUUAAAAGCGUGGAUAAAGACUUUGUGGCCGCCACCAUCCAAGCCAUCGGCCGCUGCGCCACCAACAUCGGAGAAGUGAGGGACACGUGUCUGAACGGCCUUGUGCAGCUGCUGUCCAACAGAGACGAGUUGGUGGUGGCCGAGUCGGUGGUGGUCAUCAAGAAGCUGCUGCAGAUGCAGCCCGAGAAGCACAGCGACAUCAUCAAGCACAUGGCCAAACUGACGGACAACAUCCAGGUGCCGAUGGCGCGGGCCAGCAUCCUGUGGCUGAUCGGCGAGUACUGCGAGCACGUGCCCAAGAUCGCCCCGGACGUCCUGAGGAAGAUGGCCAAGUCCUUCACCAAUGAGGAGGACAUUGUCAAGCUGCAGAUACUCAACCUGGCCGCCAAGCUCUACCUCACCAACUCCAAACAGACCAAACUGUUGACGCAGUACGUCCUCAACCUGGCCAAGUACGACCAGAACUACGACAUCCGCGACCGGGCACGCUUCAUCCGCCAGCUCAUCGUGCCCACCGAGAAGAGCGGAGCCCUCAGCAAGUACGCCAAAAAACUCUUCCUGGCCCUGAAGCCCGCGCCCGUCCUGGAGUCUCCGUUCAAAGAUCGAGACCACUUCCAGCUGGGCUCGCUGUCGCACCUGCUGAACGCCAAAGCCGGCGGCUACCAGGAGCUGCCCGACUGGCCGGAAGCCGCCCCGGACCCCUCCGUGCGCAACGUGGAGGUGAAGGAGUCUGUGCCCGAGUGGACCAAGUGCAGCAGCCGGGAGAAGAGGAAGGAGAAGAAAGCGGAGAAGCCCUUCUACUCCGACUCUGAGGGCGAGUCCGGGCCGACCGAGUCCGCCGACAGCGAGUUGUACUCCUCCAGCGGCUCCGAAAGCGGGAGCGCCGAAAACGGCUCCGCAUCCGAGAGCCAAGAGAGUGAAGAAGCUUCAGAGUCAGAGGAAGAGGAGGAGGAGGACGACGAGAAGAAGAAGAUGAAGAAGAAAGAGUUCAAGAAGCCGGUGCAAGAAAGUGAAAGCGAGGAGAGCAGCGAGGAGGAAGAGAGGAAGCGCGCGAGGAAGAGCAAACAACGGAAGAGCGACUCCGAGUCGGAGUCUGACGAAGACGACGAAAGCGAUUCCGAAAGCACCCAAUCGAAAUCUGAAGACUCGGAGUCGGAGCGGGACGUCGGCAAGAAGAAGAAGGAAACGCAAUCGAAAGUUCCCUCCAAGACCGUCGCAAAUGACAGCAAGAACGAGAAGAAAGAAAUGUCGCUGCUGGACCUUGACGACUUCGAACCCGCCGCUUCGCCUCAAGUGACGCCCGUCAACUCCUUCCUGUCCAGCAGUCUGGUGUCGGACCUGGAGGGCUUGUCUUUGUGCGACUCCGCCCUCUCGCCCGCCGCCCUCUCGCCGUCGGGCCCGCAGAAGAGCUACGAGCUGCUGCACCGCAUCACCGGCGAGGGCCUGUCGGUGGAGUACCGCUUCAGCCGCCAGCCCUUCGGCCCCGACCCCAACAUGGUGGCGGUGCAGAUGCACUUCGUCAACAGCGCAGCCGCGGACGCCAGGAACCUGCACAUGGAGGACGUCAGGCUGCAGUCCGGCAUGAGGGUCCAGGAGUUUCCGGAAAUCGAGUUGCUCCCUGCGGGUGAGACGGGCGCCGCCGUCAUGGGCAUCGACUUCUGCGACUCCACACAGGCGGCAAACUUCCAGCUCUGCACUCACAGCCGGAAGUUCUUCGUGUCCAUCCAGCCGCCGGUCGGAGAGCUGAUGAAACCGGUUUUCAUGACGGAGAACGAGUUUAAAAAGGAGCAAGGGCAGCUGAUGGGCAUGAACGAGAUCACCGAGAGGCUGACGCUGGACGCAAAGUGCCGGAACGAGCACGCCAUCGUCCAGAGGGUGACGACCGCCGCCAACCUCGGCCGGGUGCCCUGCGGCUCCGACAAAGAAUGCAGUCCUCCACUUGCCCUCGGCGCACUUCCGCUUCCUGUGCACAGGUUCGCCGGCAGGACGGUGAGCGGCGGCGGCCUGGUGCUGGUCACCGUGGCGACCAAGGAGGACGGCGCCGCCCAGCUGACGCUCAACUGCGACAAGAUGGUGAUCGGCACCAUGCUGGUCAAGGACGUCAUGCUGGCGCUCGCGCAGUGAUCCCGGCCGUCCGUCCAUCCGCUUUCGCCUGGUACGCUCGAUUUUGUUUCCGACUUGCCCCCCCCACCACAAAAUGAGAAAAAUUCUCCGGGCGCUUGGAGAUUAAUUAAAUUCAUUUUUAGAUUUUAUUUUCGUACAAUUUCCACAACAUUACACUGGAGAUUUUUUUUUUUUUUCGCUUUGAAAACAAAAAACUUUUUCAGUUAUUUUUUUCCAAAUGAUUUUUAUCUCAUUUCAUAUAAAAUGACAUUUGAGAAAAUGUAAAUGUAGUUAUCAAAUGUCAUUUUGUCAUGUUCGUAAUUUAAAAAAAAUUAUUUUAAAUCUUAACACAUUCCCUUUUCAUUAAAUUAUCAAAUGUAGCUGUGUUUAAGGAUUCUUUUAUUUUUUUCCCCCUGCCAAAUUCCAUAUUGAAGAUCAUUUGAGAAAUGUUUUUAUAAAUUCUUCCUUUCUUUAUAUAAAAAAACCCCACCAAAUUCUGUAUGAAUUGUGAAUAUUUCUGUUUACACAUGAAAAUAAUUAGUUUCAAAUAUACUUACCAGAUGUCACUUUUUUUUUUUCAUUUUUAUUUCUAACUUGGUCAUCAAUUUCUUCUUAAAUUGAAUUUCAUUUGGCUACCAAAUAAAAGAUUUUAGGGAAAUAAAUUGGAGUAAAUUAAUAACACGUAAAAACUAAUUGGUGAAAAUUUCACAAGUUCAAAAUUAUUUUUUGGGAGGGUGGGAUUCAUUUAAAAAAAAAAAGUACUAAAAUUGAUAUUUGGUCAUCUGUAAUUUUCGUCAUUUUUUUCCCACUUAAGGCCCUACUAAAUCCAAACAUUUUAUUCUCUAAUAAUGACAAAAUAUUCCAAUUUACAAAAAAAUGUAAACUUCUUUUUUCUAUAUUAAUUAAUCUUUGGUUAUCAGAUAUUCCUUUUUUUUCUUUAUCUAACUUGAUAAUGAACUGGGGCGACAUAUGACAGUUUGUUAAAAAAAAAAAUUAAAACCACAAAUGUUAUGAAAUUGCAGAUUUAAAAAUGCAGCAACCGAUGUAGCUGACGUUUACGCUUGAACCUCGCAUGACAAUUUCAAUCUUAUGUUUCAGUUAAAAAAAGAAAGAAUAGCGGGAAUAAAUAUUUGAAAUGUUGCUGUGUAUGAAACACUGCUACUGUGUGUGUGUGUGAGAGAGAUAAUGUGUACUGUAUAUACUGUAUAAUGCAAACAUCAUAUUCCUUUUUUAAGAUUGGACCAGUGUUUUUGUUGUUGUUACAUGCAUAUAAUUUUAUUUCUUGUAUUGUUGUUCUCCUUUGAGCCUUAAAAUGCGAUACGUCUUUGAACAUGUCACGUUUUUUUCCUUUAAUUUCGGCGUAAAAAUAGAAUUCCAAUUAUUAUUGUGGAAUUACUAAGUAUUAGGUCUAUUACUGGUUCCUGUGAAAUUUUAUUAGAUACGAUUAGUGAAACUUAUUUAAACAUAUUUGUAUGUUGUAAUAAGUCAAAAUGGCCCCGGUUUAUUAUUGAUUUGAGUUUAAAGGCUUACAAUUAUAGUUCAUCUAAAUCAUAAAAAUAUUGUAAAAAUUUACUAUCUAUUUUGAUUUAUUUUUUUUUUACAAUCUCUCCCAUUUCCCCCAAAAAUUGUGUGGUUAAAAACACACAAUUUACUUUUAUUUAAAAAGCAUCUUGCAAGGCUAAUAUGACCUU